ACAUACGCACACGCACACGCGCACACACCACACACAUACACACGGACGCGCCCGUAUGUGUGCGUGAUGCGAGAAAUGAUGUGGAGCAUAUGUUGAUGCAAGCUCGUCCCCCGGUCGUUAAAAAGCUCGGACUCGCGAGGUAUAACUCGGAAAGGGAUAGAAGGAUUCAUUCGGACGGUGACGGGAUGGCGACGUCCGAGAGCGACGCCGACUUUGAGAGCGCCGACGAGGAACUCGGCGCCUCCGGCGUCAAACGAAACACUCGGACGGCGGUCUACUGGACAACGUCACCGACGACGGUGGAUUCCGAGUCGGACGACGAAUACGUCCAACGCGCGCCUUGUGACGGCACGCACUGGCAGAGGAGAGCCCAGAACUUCCGGGCAACGCCAGACGCGCCAGGUCGAAAGAUCACUCCGAUUGGUGAUAAGGAUGAUAAGACCAACGGCGAUGUCAAAGUUGAAAGCGAUAGACAUAUUGCUCAAUCAGUUGAUGUAGCAAAGACCUCUAACAAACAAGAGACCUCUAUUGAGUCAGGGCAAUCCACAGCUUCUGUGAUAUCAACGAAGGACAAAGAUAUUGUAGAAAGUAGCAAGAACGUGCAAUCAGAUGUCAUGUCUAAAGUAGAAGAUUCAAAGAUCAAGAAGGUCUCGCAAACUAAACAACGACAAGAUACAACCCGUCAAUUAGAUGCGAAGAAAUUAGGAACUAGAUUCGCAAAGGAUAAUGCAGAUGAAUCUCAUAUCGCUACAGAACAGGAAAAUAAAUGUUCAGCCGAGUAUUCAAAUGAGAAAUCCCUAUCAUCUACAUGGAAAAAAGAUACAGAAUAUAAGAUGGAAGAAAAAUCAAAAACUCAAGUAGCAGAAGUUUUUCAGCCUGAAGGUUGGGAAGGACUUGGAGAUGAUAUCGAGUUGCCUGAUGAACUGACGGAAGAGAAAUUACAGCCUGUAUUACAGAGGCUGUCUUUAGCGAACAAGGAAGAGGGCAAAGACGAAAGUUCUUUAGGAAGCUGGGGCAGUUGGGGAAAUUGGGGUGUAACUUCAUUAAUCAAUACAGCUACUGCGAGCGUUUCUACUCUGACUAAUCAUAUGUCUCAAGGUUUUACACUUUUGGAAGAUACAAUAAAGGUGCAAGAACCUACAGAAUUGGAAAGAACAAAAGAACAAGAUGUAGCCACUCCUGACGAGCUAGAGAUCCAGGAACAAGAAAGUCGAUCAUAUAGUUCAUUUGGAUUUGGGAAUUUGAUAUCGGGAGUAUCCUCAAUCACGAAGUUGGUUGAAUCCACUGGCAGCAAAGUUAUGACGGGUGGUUUAGAUACACUGGAGGCUAUUGGAAAGAAAACGAUGGAAGUGCUCCAAGAUGGUGAUCCUGGAUUGAAGAAGAAAAGAGCCUUCUUCAUGAACGAGAUUGAGAAACCAAACCUAUCGCAAAUUCUCAGAGAAGCAAAGGAAAAGGCUGAAACCGAGGAAAAAACGAUUGAAGAGCGCGAAUUGGCGAGAAAAGUGCAUUUCGAGAGUCUGUUCGACGAUUAUCAGGGACUCGUUCAUUUGGAAGCUCUAGAAAUGUUAUCAAAACAAAGUAAUAUGAAAAUUCAACAACAUUUAAUCGAAUUGAAUGCGAACGACUUAACAUCCGUGCAAGAAACACUAGAAGAGAUCAAAGAACUUUGCGAUCUAGGUGAUGAUGAAGAUGACGAGGAAAAAGAUAAUAAAGACUUUAAAAACAGAUUAGAAAAUGCUUGUCACGAUCUUGGUGUCGACAUUACCUAUGAAAAGCUAUACGGUGUUUGGACAGAAACGGAAAAUUAUCUCGAGUCAUCUUCAAUGGAUACAGAUCAGAUCUUUCAAAAUGCUAUAUCAACGUUGGCACGGUUCACAGCCUUCUCCGUAGAGAGAUUUCAUAAGACGGCAGAAUUGUUAUUAAUUAAGGAACGACGUAGUACAGUGAACGAAGCGGACGCCUUGGUGCAACUUACCAAUAUUUUGUCCAAUCAGAUUAGCUCAUUGGCUAAUUUAUUCUGCGACACAUUACAGCAAUUUGCGAAGUCUGUGGAAAAGCCGAAUAUCAAUGCUAAUAUAACAACGAUUUUUCUGGAAGCUUCUAAUGCAAAUUCAUAUAUUCAAGAUGCCUUUAGGUUACUCAUUCCCAUUUUGCAAGUUGGUGCAAUCUGAUGAGUAAUUAUAAAAUAUAUAAGAGAGAAGAAAAAUUUUUAUACUUUAUAUUUACAUAUAUAUUUAACAUCAUCUAUUAAAUUAAAUUAAGACUAAAUACAACUUUCAAUGUAGGGAUA